GUGACCUCUCAUCGCUACGUGUCUCCGGGCUCUGGCUGCUUCAGGAGCAGGCAGAGAACAGCAGCGGCUCUCCCACCCCAGCAGCUCGGCCCAGGCAUGGGGGAAAUCAUCCUGCCACGGCGCAUGUUCCUCUGGUGCAUGGCCGUCAUCUACCUCGCUGCCUUCGUGUCUCUCUAUGUGCAGAUACCAGGUCUCUAUGGUAAUGAUGGGCUGUUGCCUGCUCGCUAUCAACUGCGAUACAGUGGGAAGUCUCUCAAGGAACUGCUGCUGUCCUCUCCCACCCUGCUGUGGCUGGGACCUCAGCUCGGCGUGGACACACACACUGCCAUGGAGCUGCUGUGUCUCGUAGGCGCCGCACUGAGCCUCGCCGCCACGCUGGUGGAGUCUCUCCGAGACAGCGUGGUGUUUUUCUUCCUUUGGGCCUUGUACCUGUCCAUGUACCAGGUGGGCCAGGUUUUCCUCUACUUCCAAUGGGACAACUUGCUUCUGGAGGUGGGGUUCCUCUGUAUCCUUGUUGCCCCACUGACAUUGAUCAGAGGGUCACGAGGGGUAAGAGAACAUGAUCGUGUGACUUUCUGGCUGCUCCGCUGGUUGCUCUUCAGGCUCAUGUUUGCCUCCGGUGUGGUGAAACUCACGUCUCGUUGUCCCACGUGGUGGGGCCUUACAGCUCUGACGUAUCACUAUGAGACCCAGUGUAUCCCAACCCAGCUGGCCUGGUUUGCUCACCAGCUGCCGGUGUGGUGGCAGAAGCUGAGUGUGGUGGGGACCUUCAGUAUUGAGAUCGCUGCUCCCCUGCUUUUCUUCAGCCCACUGCGCAGACUCCGACUUGGGGCUUUUUACCUGCAGGUGCUGCUUCAAGUGCUCAUCAUUUUGACUGGAAACUACAAUUUCUUCAACCUGCUGACUUUGGCCCUCUGUCUGUCGCUUCUGGACGACCAGCAUGUACACUUCUGGCUACGCAAGGCAGACAAGAUCAGCAACAAUGACUCCAAGCUGGGGUCGUGGCUGUGUUACCUGCUGGAGCUUUCAGUCUGGUCUCUCAUGAUCUUCGGCUCAAUUUUAUGCUUUGACCUAAAGCUGGAUACAACGAAGAACGCCAUCUCCUCCAGAACAGAAUUCACAUUCCACCAAUUUAACCAGUUUCUGAAGACUGUCACUGUCCCCUCUAUCUGGAUUGCUGUUCUCUCUCUCACCUGGGAGAUGGUCACAGCCAUGUUCAGGUGUGCGUGUGUCUCCGGUUUCCUGAAGAGGUUCUGGGGGACUAUCCAGUGGACUGUGUUUGCUACUGCCGCCGCUGCUAUGUUCACUAUAAGUCUGGUGCCAUUCACCUACGUAGAGUAUGACUCCAAUGCCAGGUUGUGGCCGGGAGUGCGUCGGGCCUAUGAUCUGGUGGGCCGCUACCAGCUGGUCAACUCAUACGGCCUGUUCAGAAGGAUGACCGGGGUCGGUGGACGGCCAGAGGUCGUCAUCGAGGGAAGCCAGGAUGGAGUCUCGUGGACGGAAAUUGAGUUUAUGUAUAAGCCAGGCAACCUAAGUGCACCUCUUGCUCUAGUGACACCUCACCAGCCCAGGUUGGACUGGCAGAUGUGGUUUGCUGCCCUCGGGCCUCAUACACAGGCUCCAUGGUUCACCAGCCUCAUGUACAAACUGCUGCAGGGCAAAAGAGAUGUGAUAGAGUUGAUCCAGACAGAUGUAUCACAGUAUCCGUUCCACGAGCAGCCUCCUGCCUACCUCCGGGCCCACCGCUACAGAUACUGGUUUACUGAACCAAAGGCUGACGGAUCCUACCCACAGCGUUGGUGGAGGAGGGUUUAUGAUGAAGAAUUCUAUCCCACAGUGCACCUUGGCAACAACUUCCUGGAGAGCAUGCUCAACCAGUACGGCCUCAAGGACAAAUCGCCUCCACGUCGUAUGUCCAACACCACCGUUGCCAAGGCGGUGAGGUGGGUGCGCUCUCAGGCCAGAGGUGUUCCCACCCACAUACUUAUCUGGACCCUCAUUGCCUGCAGCGCCACCCUCUGUCUGCUCCAGGGAUUGCAAAACAGGAACAAACACCCAGAAAGGACCCCACUCACUCAUGAGGCCGCUGUGAACAAUCACACAGAAGAUGUACCUGACGGCUCUUCAGACCAUUGUGGGAAGUCAGAUGAACAGCAGAAAACAAAGGAGGAGGAGGAGGAGGAGGAAGAUGUGGUGGAGGAAGAUGUGGUGGAGGAUGGAGACGGCAGUGAAGAUGAGGUGGAGGAGGGCAAAGCGGAGGAGAAAGACACUGUUGCUGACGACGAAGAGGACUGCGCACAGGAGGAAGUGGAGGAUGAGGAGGAAGACGGGAAAUCAAGAUGAAAGAGGAAGUUUUAAAAAGAUGCAGGUAAUCCUGUAGUUAUCACCAACUGCCUUCAUGAAAUAUUACCAACAUGACCAAAGAAUCUGUUCUGUAUAUACUUGUAAUUCCUGAUCAUCCAAUUAUGGAAAAAUAAGUUUAUUUGCCUUCUCCCACCUACAAACCUUUCUGCAUUACAUUUUACAGUUAUCAGUUGUCCUCAUCAGAAACCAGUCGCUCAAUUCAGUAGAUCUUUGCCAGAUGCUUAGAAAUUUUAAAACCUCCCUGGUUUGUUCUGACUUAUGUUGAACAUUCAAUCUAGUCAGCAGAUCGAAUCAUGUUGAAAGAAAAGAGAAAUAUGGAAUUUAAAAUAUAAGGCAGUUUCUGUUUUGCCUAUUCAGAGUUAAUGUGUGAUGUUCAUGUUAUUCUUUGUCUCCUAUUUGUGUUGCGACCAGUCAAACUGUGUAUUUGUGUUUUUUUUCAUUACUGUGGUCCCUUGCCUCUUGUUGUAUGUACUGAACUAAAACAACUCGGCACAUUUUUUCUUUUUUUCCACGAAUGUGUCUUUUGGUAUUGUUAAUGUUAGAAAUGAAACGUAUCACAAAU